AGGGGGGAGGUGUCCCAGCCCUUGGCCUUCGGGGGACAUGGAGCCCAGGAGGACAGCGCCUGAGGCGCCCGGCUGGGGACCCCGAGGGGUCGCGGGGUCGGGGACAGCCGCGGAGCUCGUGUACCAUCUAGCGGGAGCCCUGGGCACUGAGCUGAAGGAGCUAGCGCGCCGCUUCGGGCCAGAGGCGGCUGCCGGGCUCGUGCCGCUCGUGGUGCGGGCGCUGGAGCUCCUGGAAAAAGCUGCCGUGGGGCCCGCCCCAGACUCGCUGCAGGUGUUGGCGCAGCAGGCCGAACUGGAGCUGCGGCGGCUGCGGGAAGAGAACGAGCACCUACGCAGGGAGUUGCGCUCCGGGCCACAGGAGGAGCGCGCUCUGCUGCGGCAGCUCAAGGAGGUGACCGACCGACAACGCGACGAACUCCGGGCGCACAACCGCGACCUGCAGCACCGCAGCCAGGAGACUGAGGCGUUGCAGGAGCAACUGCAGCGCCUCCUGCUGGUGAAUGCAGAGUUGCGGCACAAGCUGGCCUCAGUGCAAACCCAAUUGCGCGCCGCGCGGGAUCGCGAGAGUGAGCGAGAGCUGGCACGAGACCAGGCUGGAGGGCCUGCGUGCGAGCAGAAGCAGGAGCCGGAGCCGGCGACAACCGGUGCGGGAACCCCGGGGACACCUGAAGACCCAGUAGAGCAGUGCGGCUUCAGUCGAGAGGAGCUUGAGCAGAUCCUUCAGGAGCGGAAUGAGCUCAAAGCCAACGUGUUCCUACUGAAGGAGGAGUUGGCUUACUUCCAGAGGGAGCUGCUCACAGACCACCGGGUCCCCGGGCUCCUGCUGGAAGCCAUGAAGGUGGCUGUCAGGAAGCAACGGAAGAAGAUCAAGGCCAAAAUGUUAGGGACCCCAGAGGAAGCAGAGAGCAGCGAUGAUGACAAUGGCUCCUGGCUCCUGCUCUCCAGUGAUAAGGAGGACCACCCCCCGCCCCCCGAGUCCAGAAUACAGAGUUUCUUUGGCCUGUCAUAUCGGGGUGAAGCGGAAGCCAAGACCAGCAGCAUGGCUCCUGGUGAACUGGUGGGGGACGAGGAGGUCCCACGACAGUCCCCAGCUCCUGAGCAGCCCCGCUCUGCCCUCAGUGAACAUCUUUGUCUGAGGGUCACAGCUGCCCCAGAGGCCUGGCUGCAGUCUGCCUGCUGGCGGAUGUGUAACCACAAAUGAAGACAGGCCUCCCUCCUUCCCAGCCCUCCCCAGGCUCUCGCCCAAUCUUGCCUGAGCCAGGGUGUGCUGAGGUGCUCACAGACUACCUUCCUUUCCUAUAUCUCUGUGCCAAGCCUCCAGGGCCAGAUGGAAGUACUUGUUCUCUGAGUCUCAGUUUCUCCAUCCAUGAAAUGGAGAGCUGGCUACCUACUGCCCAGGGGGUUGUGAGGAGGGCCUAGGCUAAUGUAAUAAAGCAGUAGCCAUGGGUAGUAUAAGCCAGGAUGGUGUGCUUUUUUCUUUUUCUGUAAUACGAGUGCCUAAUUUAAGCUUUGGUUGCCAAGGCAUCCUCUUCAAAGACAGCUAUCUUGAACAAAAAUAGCCAGACACUCAAACCACCUCCCUCCACUGAGGCUCCUCUGUUUUAGAGAUCUUGGUUGGUUUGACCAUUUGGGCCACUUCUCUUUUCUCUUCCCCACGCUGUAAAUUCCUGCUCUUGUGCUAUAAAUUCACCAAUAAAAAGUAAGCCCACGAAACUCUAGGCCCCCACUCUCAACCCCAAUAAAGCAGAACUCCAGGCCCGUGCAUUCCCCUUCUUUCUCCCUCUGACCUUGUUGAAUGGCCCCAGGUGUGCUGUGUAAUUUUCAGGUCUUGUAAGUAAUAAACCUUUAUUUUUUCCAA